AGCUCACAAAGUGUGGCUGACAGGUAAAAUAAGCCACACACACGUUUCAAAGGCCAAUUUAAUGCUAUUGGAACACUCUUUUCUUUACCUUUUUGAUCACAUAAGAUGUCUUCGCUCCUCAAGGUGGACAAGGAAAUUAAAACCAAGGUCGAUGCUUUCAGGGAACGUAUUACUUCAGAAGCAGAAGAUCUAGUUGCAUGCUUUUUCCCGAAGAAGUUGCUGGAACUCGAUCACUUCUUAAAGGAUCCAAUCAUAAACAUCGCUGAUCUGAAGGAGAUACACUCAGAAAUAAACCUGACUGUGCCAGACCCCAUUCUGCUCUCAAACCUCCAGGACGGAUUAGAAGCGCAAAAUGCCAAAAAGAAAAAGCUUGAGGAUGGAGGUGGGGAGGACAAGGUGACUGGCACCAAGGUCUUUGUCAUGCCUGGUGGGAUGAUGAAGAGCAACGGAACCCUUGUGGAUCUCAUUGAAAAAGUCAAACCAGAGAUCAGGACACUCAUAGAGAAAUGUAACACAGUCAAAAUGUGGGUUCAGCUGCUAAUCCCCAGGAUAGAAGACGGCAACAACUUUGGAGUGUCAAUCCAGGAGGAGACGGUAGCUGAACUCAGAACAGUUGAAGGGGAGGCAGCAUCUUACCUUGACCAGAUAUCAAGAUACUACAUCACAAGGGCAAAGCUCGUUUCUAAAAUAGCAAAAUAUCCACAUGUGGUAAGUAAAUAUUUUUGUUAGGACUUUUUGUCUAUGAAAAAGGGUUGA